CGAGCAGCCAUCUUGGAUAGACAGAUCAUACUUGAGCCAGGAUAACCUGCAGACCUCCUCUGAGCAGAUCAAGAACAGACAGCUCAAAAGACUUCAUUCCUGAGCCACAAUGGCCACUGCACCGUACAACUACUCCUACAUUUUCAAAUACAUCAUUAUCGGGGACAUGGGGGUGGGGAAGUCAUGUUUGCUUCACCAGUUCACAGAAAAGAAAUUCAUGGCAGACUGCCCCCAUACGAUUGGUGUGGAGUUUGGUACAAGAAUCAUCGAGGUGAGUGGCCAGAAGAUCAAGCUGCAGAUCUGGGACACGGCAGGACAAGAGCGCUUUAGGGCCGUCACCCGCUCCUACUACCGCGGAGCUGCAGGAGCACUCAUGGUCUACGACAUCACCAGGAGAAGCACGUACAACCACCUCAGCAGCUGGCUGACUGAUGCUAGAAACCUCACCAACCCCAAUACUGUGAUCAUUCUCAUAGGAAACAAGGCAGACCUGGAGGCCCAGAGGGACGUCACGUACGAGGAGGCAAAGCAGUUUGCUGAGGAGAACGGUCUGCUGUUUCUCGAAGCUAGUGCAAAAACAGGUGAAAACGUUGAGGACGCCUUCCUGGAAGCCGCUAAGAAGAUCUACCAGAACAUCCAAGAUGGCAGCCUGGACCUGAACGCCGCCGAGUCAGGGGUCCAGCACAAGCCCUCAGCCCCUCAGGGCGGCCGGCUAACCAGCGAACCACAGCCCCAGAGGGAAGGCUGCGGCUGCUAAUGACCAAGCAAACCCCCUUCGCCCUCUCUUUCUCUCCCCAUCUCUCUCUCUCUCUCUCUCUCUCUCUCUCCCCCUCGCUGUGUCCUGACCGCCCUCCCCCAACCACCACCACCCUUUUCCAUCCAUUUCUUCACCUCCGUACGUUCAUCCACCCUCACUGCACCAGGAGCUGCAUGAGAGCAGGGCUGCGGAGGGAAGGAACGGGGGACGGAUAUUGACUUGGGCCUGACUGAGCUGGGCUGUGUGGACUACAUCUCUCCCCUCCUCCUCUCUGCCUGUCUGUCUCCCGCUGUUGCUGUCUCACUUCUCCUCUUUAAACUGUCAAGUGUGUUGUCGUCCCAUAACGCUCCUCUUUUGCUCCCCUCCGCUCCUCUUGCACCAUUCAGUGUAGUCCCCCCCCCCCCAUCGUAGUAUCGUAGACACCACCACGCAUUACACGGGUUACUGACACUUUAGAUAGAUGUAAUGUUCAUACGAUAAUGAUAAACUGAGACUGUUUUUUAUGUUUGGUUUUAUAGCUAUAUAUGACAUGUAAACACUGCAUUAAGUUUCAUCCACCACUGAUAAUUUCGUUAUGAAUCAAAUCUAAAUUAUAUUCCCAAUCUCCUGGCAGCCUCUCCUGCAUGGUUUACCAAUCCAGCAUUUUAUCGAGACAUGCAGGUGCGAUAUCUCACACGCGGGUCAUUUUUGUGGGAUCGGGCAGUGAAGGCAAUGAAGUAGUGUAUCAUGCAGCCACGCAGGUAGAAGCCCACAAGUGUUGUUCAGAGAAUGUGAGCUUUUUCAGCAGGUUUCAACCCCUGCUUGUGGCUUUUUAAUUCUACUCCUGCUGCUCAGCACAAAGCAAAUCCCUUUGCCAGAUGUGGCAACACUGAUGUUCUCAGGAGAGAGAGGAAAACAUUUAGAAAACUAGGAAUCACCUACAAAUUCCUUGUGGGUGAUUCCUCAGUCUCUCCUGUGAGAUAUCAUAGGGAGGAAUAUUGGAUGUUUUCCAGUUUGUCUGUGUGUGUUUGUGAGUGUCAGUGUUAAGAAGUUGGAUGGGGGUUUCUUUUGACACUUAAACAAAAACAAACAAAAAAAGAAAAAGAACAUGGCUUUUCUGUUUUUGAUGGAAAGAUUUAUUCACAUCAGUUUCUUUGCACCAGCUCUCUCCCUCCUCACCUGUCCGACCCCAAAACUCUCCCCCAGGUCAUAUCAACAGAUUCUGUCUUUACCAGCAUUGUCUUUGUCAUUGUUUGUUGCCUUAUUAUAAUUAAUAUGUUAUUACUCUUUAAUCUUUAUAGUUUUGCUGCACUUGCUCUUAUCACUGCUGUUGGACUCACCCCGACUCAGUAAAUGAUCUCUUCUUAGAAUAAUUAUUGCAUUUAACUGGAGAAUAACAUAAACACACAAGUGGUGGCUCACAUGGUCAAAAUAUCAGCAGCAUGGUCUGAAGCCCACAUCUCGACUAUUCAGAUGUAAAAACAAACUCAAAACUUCAAGUGUAGCUGCACUGAAGAGCUGAUCUGUUCAUAAGGACAGUUGGUCCUCUUGUAUAAUACAACACCAAGCAGCAUGCCCCCCUCCCCAAAAAA